AUCUCAGUGCGUUGAGAGCUUUACCGAGAGCGGACCGCCUCCAGUCACUCAUUCUUUCCCGGCUGCCGAUGCUUCAAUAGCGGACAGAGGAGGAACAACUAGCCGGGCACUGGAAGUGUAAAAAUCAACAGUUUUCUUUUAGACUAAAAAACAAACAAAAAACUCCUCGAAAACCUGAAUCUUUGCACUAUUACUUCCAAAUUGGGGUUUCGGUUUGACUUGGUGAAUGCGUCGUCAUCCAGGGGUGGAGCCGCGGUGCCCUGCUGGUGGUGCGUCUCCGGCGGUGUGACAAGAGGUGAAGGAUCAGCCUGCAGGGAGGCCGAGCAGUCAGGAGGAUGCUGGAGGGCAAUGCCUGCAGAAAGAGAGGAUGAGAUUUGUCGAAAGGCGCUGGAGUUGCUCUCCGACCUGUGCUCCAAGGGAGAGGUGCAGGACGACAGUUGCAUAGAUUUCAUCUACUACUUCAGGGACCUGGCCAGACCUCGCUACACGGACUCUGCGAACGGCAGAAGGACGAAGGACUUCACCCGAUGCGUUUGGCGGCCCGGAGACGUAGGAAGUCAAGAUGUAUCUGUGAGCCUGUUGUCCCUGCUGGUGACCACCUGCGGUCUGGCUCUAUUCAGCGUCUCUCUAUUUGUAUCAUGGAAACUUUGCUGGCUACCCCUGAGUGGCCGUUUUCUCCCAGAUGUCCUCAAAGGGGCACAUUUUCUGGGAGGGGACCAACAGCCUGUCCUAACAGAGGUGGACGGGGAUGACCGUGAGUACAGUGAAGAUGGCUGCACGAAAGAACCCGCAGGCCCCUCGUUGGCUAUGGCUGUCCCGGAGUCGGCUCUAAAAAUCAGCCACACAUCACCUGACAUCCCUCUGGAGACUCAGGCCAAUGUGGACCAUAUCCAAGCCCACACUAUAGCCAGAGACAGAGUGCAGAGACAAAUUACUGAACCCACAUCAUCAGUACGCCACAACUCCAUCCGCCGUCAGAUGAACCUGUCCAAUCCAGACUUCAACCCUGCUCAGUUCCAGCGCCAGGAGAGUCUGACCGGCCUAGGUCGGCUCAAACCUGAGCUUUACAAACAACGUUCUGUAGAUCAAGACGACGGACGUAGAUCAGACAGCUGUGGAUGUCUCCAUUUCAUUCUUAAGUUUGACUUUGAUCUGGAGCAGCUGAUAGUGAAGAUUCACAAGGCUCAAGAUCUACCUGCCAAGGACUUCUCAGGGACUUCUGAUCCUUACGUCAAGAUCUAUUUGCUUCCUGACCGUAAAACCAAGCACCAGACUAAGGUGCACCGCAAGACUCUCAACCCAAUAUUUGAUGAGGUGUUUCUUUUCCCAGUGGCCUACACCGAGUUGUCGAGCCGUAAGCUGCACUUCAGCGUCUAUGACUUUGAUAGGUUCACUCGACAUGAUUUGAUUGGUCAAGUGGUGGUGGACAACUUCCUGGAUCUCGCAGACUUCCCUCGAGAGACCAAAUUGUGCCGGGACAUACAGUAUGUCACAUCGGACAACGUGGAUCUGGGAGAGCUGAUGUUCUCAUUGUGCUAUCUCCCGACGGCUGGCAGGCUCACCAUCACGAUGAUCAAAGCCAGGAAUCUCAAAGCCAUGGACAUCACUGGAGCUUCGGAUCCAUAUGUGAAGGUGUCACUGAUGUGUGAGGGCCGGAGGCUGAAGAAGAGGAAGACAUCAACCAAGCGCAACACUCUGAACCCAAUUUACAAUGAAGCCAUCGUGUUUGAUGUUCCACCGGAAAACAUCGACCAAAUCAGUUUACUAAUAGCAGUCAUGGACUAUGAUCGGGUUGGACAUAAUGAAGUCAUCGGGGUGUGCAGGGUGGGCAAUGAGGCUGACACUCUGGGAAGAGACCACUGGAGUGAGAUGUUGACAUAUCCACGCAAGCCUGUGGCACACUGGCACCCGUUAAUAGAGUGGGUAGGACAGGGAACAGCAGGGAGUGGAAGUCAAGGAGGAUCCACCAAUUCCUUAAAGGCGCCACCCUCACCGUGAUCUCACACACACACACACACACACACACACACACACACACACACACACACACACACACCCACACACACACACACACAUUUGUGUAUUUGUUACCUUCUUGAGACCUCUGAAAAAUGCCUACCUCUUUAGGACCACCAUUUCUAGGUAUAUAAAGAUUUGUUUUUACAACAACAAUAAUAAUAUAUACAUACUAUGCAAAUAUAAAAAAGGUAAGCUUUUAGUAAUUUUUAAUUUUUAAAUUUUUUUGGAAUUGGUAUUUAAUCUUCAUUAUUUACUUCAAGUUAUU